AUGCCUCAUCGACGCCAAUCAGUAGACCAGCCUUCAGAUGAUCAUCGUCCGCAUACCCGGCACGCUGACACCGAAUCUGGAUCACCAUAUGGUUUCCUCGACUACAAUGAACCAGGAGAGUCUAGCCAUCGAGGUCGAUCGUCUUCACCUCGGCAAUCGCCCCGCCGAGAUGAAGUUCAAGGGUAUCGUAGAAGAUCCCGCGAUCGAUCUUAUAGCAGAUCUCUAAGUCCCGAACAUCGUCGUAGACGCCCUAAUCCUGAACCUCGUCGCGAGCAGGAAACACAACGAGGACGACGUGGCGCUUCUGACCGUUGGCGCCCAGCAAGAUCACCAUACAGGCAUUACAAUGUGGGCUACACUAUCACAGAUCAUAACCAAGGGAAGAGUUUCAACUGUGGGCCAGAAUACUUCAUGAAACCAGAAGUUCUGCAAGACGUGACAGGAAGAUAUGGCCCUGUCGAUGUUGUGUCCGUUCGACAUAGCGACUUCUCUUACGACAAUCAAGCGGAGAUUGGAGCGAGGUUUACACUGUCCUCCGAAGGCAGACUAUACAUCAAGAAAGAUGUUCCCUUCAUCCUUUUCAAAGUGGAGCCUGGCUAUGGCAUUGGCUGGCUGGGUCGCAGCGCGAGUAGUCGCGGCUUAAGAGGCAUGCAUCGGAUUCCAGAGUCGGACUAUCCAAAGUAUAUGGGGGUAGCCACUCAGGGUGAUCUAGCCGGACCUGCUGGGAAUGACAGUCCACAUGACCAGCUUCAAGUGGUACCAGUGGUUGGAUCUGAACGCCUUUAUCCCACGACCCAUAUCCUCGUUAGUGAGUUGGUAAAGGUUCCUAUACCACGGAUCCAUAAGCACUGGGGACGACUUGGCUUCGACAGUUACUACCGAUUAGUAUGCCUGAUGAACUUUCUCACGGCAGGACCUUUGUCACUGAAUGCAAGCCCAGACUCGAUCCCGAAGGAUAUUGGCUUGGACAUUGAUGCACUGAGGACAUUACAGAGUGCGAAUGACUGUUUGGUGGGAGAUUGGGCAGAACGACUUGCAGCUUACGCUGACAGCCAUCCACUGAAUUCAGCAAGCACACAAUCACGCGUCGAUAGUCCACAAGCGCAAGCUCGACCGCAACAAGCAAGAGCUAGACCACAGCUUCAAGCGCCGUCAAAAGAGUUCCUUCCACCUCCUGCUGUGCGCUCGGUUCCGGGAAAUCAAGAGAGUAAGAAUUCGUCGCCAAUGCCAGGUCCGAAUCGAGCUACAAACAAAGUUGGCCAACCUCCGGCAACUCCAAAUACCUCAAGUCACCGUGCAACCCAAGCUCCUAAAGCGCCGGGAGCAACUGCUCGAGACGAAGCUCAAUCGGAUCCGCAAGCGGACAUUCGCCAAGCUCACGUUGUUGACGCAAGCGCGAAGGGUGGUGUAGCUAGUGCAAUAGGAUCGACACGUGACAUCGAUGCAGGUGUGUACAAUGCGUCGGUGCACAACGAACAGCACAACCUGUUCAGGGUAGAAAGCGGGGAGAGCAGUGGAUCUGAACAAGGGGAGAUCCUUGAAUAA